AUGACAGGAAAAUUCAAAGGAUUUGUUGCUAAAGUUAAAAAAAAAUUUCCGAAUGUGAGCUCAACUCAUUGCUUUAUACACCGCGAUAUCCUAAUGGUGAAAACUAUUCCUGCAGAAUUGAAAAGUGUUUUGAACCUAGUUGUAAACAUGGUAAAUUUCGUUAAAUCGAAGGCUCUUAAGACAAGACUUCUCAAAGAAAUGUGUCAUAAAGCGGGAUCUAAACAUGAUACUCUGGUUGUUCAUACAGAGAUACGCUGGUUGUCGAAAGGUAAAGUCCUGCAGAGAUUUUAUGAGCUUAAAAACGAGCUGUCAAAACUCUUUAGCACUGAAAAACCAGAUUUUUUCCGUAUUUGA